AUGCUACGACUUACAAUACCACUAAAACGCGCUUUAAAUGUGCUCCCGCGCACUGAGCGGACGCAGGCGUGCCGCUAUAGCACCCUCAACGCGUUCUGGUGUCACGGGCAGGCUGGACUCGCUGCCAUCCAACACCCGCGCGCCUGCUUGAUCAAAGAAGGGAGGAGGACGUUUUCGACUCGGAGCAACGUCGAAUCCUCAGGCACGAGUACUGCAGAACAAGGCCAUAAUACAACACGUACCGUCUCGACACUUGACCCGUCCAAGCUAACACCAAACGACUACCAGGACUUUUCCGGCCUCUGCCAACCCAACAUCCGAAUCGCUACUGCAACCCGCGGCAAAUGCGAGCGCCUCCAGCUGGUGUACGACAAGGACCAGUACAGAUACUACCCCUUCCCCCCAUCCGCACGGGGGUUCCUCUACUUUCACCGCCCGCCUGGCACGCCCGCUCUGACCAGCCAGAUCCGCUUCCGCCUCGUCCCAGAGCCCGACCCAGCGCUGUUUGACGAGGGUAAGGACCUGGUCACGAGCGAUGGAAUCCCGUGGGGCGUGCUCCUCCCAGCAGUCCUAGUCCGGACUACGUUCCAUCGCCUCGCCGAGCUGGUGUUGCGGGAGGGGCAUAUCAGUCCUGAAGAGGAGGCGGAGAUUCGGUCGAUCGUUGGGGACCGGACGGCCAUUGACACUGGCACUGAGUUGUUGUGGAAUAUCACCGACCCGUUCUAUUUGCACUUUCGGCGCAAGUAUUGCUGGAUGCGGGUGCGCCAUAGAGGGAAGAUUGAGACUAUUGGGUUCCGCACGAAGCAGACUAUGUCUUCAGGAACCGCGCUGGUGCGAUUCGAAGUGGUCUGGCGUGAAGCUCCGGUAACUGUCUUGAAGGCCAAGGGGCCUCCACCUCCUCCAUCCCCCCGUGUCGCCAUUCGCAUCCUCAAAUUCACCGCACCGCCCGAAGGAGCAGAUGUAGGGAAGCAGCGAGAGGGAGAGCUUCUUUGCGUGGUGGAUGAAACGGGGACGGCCACGACCGCUGUUUCGCUGCGGCAGCCGACGUUCCCUGAGGCUUGUUGGGAGGAGCUUUUGGAACGGUACCCGCUCCAUCCGUCGCGUGUAUACCCGUGUAUACCUCGAGGUUACGUCGGUAGAUGGCCUGUUGGGGUUGAAUGA